AGAACCAUGGGGCCAUUGCAGGGAACAGGUGGGGUGGGUCGGGGGUACUACAGGAGCCCAGGGUGGCUAGGCUCCUGCUCAAGCCUCAUACUUGGCAGCCUGGGGAUGAGGUUGAGUGAGCAUCCCACCGCACACGACCCCAGGGUGGUUCCUAUCUCUGCCUCAUGGCCCCUCAGAACUCAGAGCAGGAAGAGAGGCCGAAUGAAGAGUGAGGGGCAGCCCAGGGCACCAGGUCCACUUUUGAGUCUGAAUCCUCUGGUCCUGGUAGGCCCCUCCUGUGAGGGAACCAGGUCCCAGGGAACAUGUUCUGUGUCCACUCCAGUCUGGAGGGCCUUGGUUCACCAGCUCAGUUGGUGCCCAGGAUUCCACCAUUCCGUGAGCAAACUUCACUGGUGCCUUUGAGCUCUACUUCCUCCCCAACCUGACUAUCACACCCAGGUUCCAACGAUGUUAUCAUGUCCCCAGGUGCCUUCUAAGCCAGCUCUUUUACCUCUCCCCUACUACUCUCCUGAGACUGGAGCUGAGUCUCUAGGGAGAGAAGGGCCCUGACAGACAAGGCACCAUCUGAGUCUUCCUGGAGAGCUACGGACAGGGCAGAUGUACACAGAGAUGUCCUCUCCCAAACACUCGUGGACGGAUGAAGAGGGAGGGGUGCAGAGAAGGGAAAGGAGUCUCCUGGAGUCACACAGUGCUCCUGCCUCUCAUCCAGGGCUCUCUUGUUCUUUUUCUGAAGGAGUGCUCCUAGCAAGGUGAGCCCCUGCUACCUAUGAAAGUGCUCCAGGAGCUCGGGUCUGCGCAGAUGCUGCUGUUGAUCACCGAUACCAGCCAGUCAAACAGCCUGUUGGGGUGGGAGGAAGAGUGGAACCUGGUGAGAGGAGGUUUUCUCCAGGAUUUGGGGAAGAUGGUGGCAUAGGAGGACUCUGAACUCACCUCCUCCCAUGGAGAUGACAAAUCUACAACUACCUGUAGAACAAUUUCCUGAGAGAGAUCUGGACGCUGGAUAAAAAGAACCCCCACAACAAGGGACAACACUGACAGGGUGGAAGAGGCAGAAACACACCUCUGUGGAGGAAAAAACCCACAUCCUAGCCACGGCACUUCAUGGCAAGGAGCAAUCUUAAAGGAAGAAGAAAAAAAUGUCUCAGAAGCAGAUGAAGGAAGCUUUUGUCAGUAACCACAAUGGAACCAGCGUGCUGGAAAUCACCCAGGGCUUGUGCUUGCCUGCGCUCUGUGUCCUGUGCAGAGGGCUCCUGAUCAUUCUCUCACAGCACUUGUGUUCUUCUUCACAUACCUGGGGAACUCGAUUCUUCAUUGACUUUGUUAUCCUGAUAGUUCCCCUGGUGGCCACGUUGACCAUUUUGUCUUCAUUUGUCCUCCUUGAGCACCUUGCUGUAAUUAUCAUUGGGGCAGGAAUGUUCUAUCAUAUAUACUGCAGGAGAACUUGCUAUGCCAGAAUACCUGUCCAAAAAAUCCUUGAAAAAUUCUUGAAAAUCAGUGUAGAAUCAGAAUACAUUCCAGCUAUCUCUUGUUUUCGUGUAAUUAACAGUGCAUUUACUGCUGUUGCCAUUUUGGCUGUGGACUUUCCACUUUUUCCCAGAAGAUUUGCCAAAACUGAGCUCUAUGGGACAGGAGCAAUGGAUUUUGGAGUAGGAGGCUUUGUUUUUGGUACUGCAAUGGUUUCUCCAGAGGUUAGGAGAAAAUACAUGAAAGGGUCCACAUUUUAUCAUCUUACAAAGUCAUUGUACUCUGUCUGGCCAUUAGUCUUCUUAGGAAUAGGCCGAUUAGUCGUUAUAAAAUCCAUAGAUUAUCAGGAACAUUUAACUGAGUAUGGGGUUCACUGGAACUUUUUCUUUACCUUAAUAGUUGUGAAAUUGAUAACAUCACUACUUUUGAUUAUUUUUCCCCUAAAUAAAUCCUGGAUUGUGGCCAUCAGCAUUACUGUAUUAUACCAGCUAGCCCUUGACUUUACCCCACUGAGAAAGUUAAUUUUGUAUGGCACUGAUGGCAGUGGCACAAGGGUUGGUUUAUUAAAUGCCAACCGAGAAGGAAUAAUCUCUACCUUGGGGUAUGUGGCAAUACACAUGGCUGGUGUACAAACAGGAUCAUAUGUGCUUAAAAAAAGGUCACAUAUCAAAGACUGGAUAAAAGUAGCAUAUUGUAUUCUACUGACAGCUAUUAGCCUCUUCAUAUCUCUUUACAUAGUUCAGGUAAACGUAGAAGUAGCAUCUCGCAGAAUGGCCAAUUUAGCCUUUUGUAUUUGGAUAGUUGCUUCUAGCCUGAUCCUUCUUAGUAGUUUAUUACUAGUUGAUAUAAUUUUGAGUUUUGCCAAAUUUCUAAUUAAAGGGGCUCAAGUACCAUGUUCUUGGAAACUUAUCCAGUCACCUGCUACAAAUAAAAAGCAUUCAGAAUCUCUAGUCUCUGAAGCUGAAAGAAGGGAACCCAGUCUUUGUCUAGUUACAGCUAUGAACAGAAACCAGUUAAUUUUUUUCUUGCUGUCAAAUGUAACAACUGGCCUGGUCAACCUGUUGGUAGAUACAUUACACAGCAGUACCUUGUGGGCCUUAUUUGUGCUCAAUCUCUAUAUGUUUACCAACUGUUUAGUUAUAUAUGUGCUACACUUGCAAGAUAAGACUAUAAAAUUUUGGUGAUCAGUGGGGGUAGUGUGUAUCUGUUUGAGCAAUAUUAAUGAGGAAGAAUAAAUAUUAAAUGUGAAGAAAUUGGGCUUUUGGCAACCCAGUAUUAACUAUAUCUUAUUAUAAGAGUUUCAAUACUCCAUAACAGUAGUGAUGCUCAAUAUUUUAAUGCGUCUCAGCACUAUAUAAAACAAACCAAUAGAGAAGAAAAAGAGCCUUAUGACUUGUUAGAUAUUUAUUGAAGUAUUUUAAGGAAACUUGUGUUUAUAGUUGUGACACUGGAAGAUUGGAGGGUGGGGAGGAGGAUUUUUACUUUCUACCUUAUACACCUUACACCAUUCUGUACUUCUUUGGUAUGUAUUACUUUUAUAUAUAAUAGGGUACAUUAAAACACCUCAGUGUGAACUGUG